AUGGCUUUUUAUCCGAAAUCUCGGCAGCAGCGGCUCGGCAUCAAUCACCCCACCGUUCGGCCGAUUCGACUUGCUGUACUAAAAGCAGCCGGCAUCAACCUCUUCCUGCUUGUUGUUUUGUUUUUUGGCCUCUUUUGUUACCUAUUCGGCUCACUUUACCAACAAACAACACAUAUCCACAAAAUCAACAUUCUUUUCGUCGAUUAUGACGGUGGCGCAAUAGGUACGGCAGUCCGCGAUGCCUAUCAGAAACUCAAAGGACCGGAAUUUCCAACUUUGAUCGAGCAAUCGCCGCUCGUAUUUCCUCAACCUGAUCUGACUGUUGAGGCUGUUUGCAACAUUGAAUAUUGGGGAGCAUUUUACAUCUCAUCCAAUGCAUCCAACUCCUUAGUCGCCGGGGUGGCAGGAGGCUCGGCUGCCUCUACAUACAACGCCAGCGAUGUCCUCACUAUGGUGUGGAACGAAGCGCGAUAUCCCACCGUAGUUGACUCGGCCGUCUUUCAACCAUUGACGAAGCUAUCAGAUGCUGCACGGGUGGCCUACUUGCAACAAAACGGAGCUCAAUUGAUCCAGAGUGUGAACAGCUCAGAUUCUGCAGCCAUAUCCGUCUUGUCUGACCCCUGGACUUUGACCGCGAUCAACCUCCAACCUACCGUGCAAGGGUCCAGAUUGAUCUACAACACUCUCGUCAUUAUCCUCAUUCUGAUUCAGGAAUUCUUCUACCUGGGAUUUAUCAAUGGUCUCUACCUCCAGUUCAAACUCUACACCACUGUUUCUCCUCACCGGAUAGUGGUAGUACGCCAAAUCUUAUCUGGCCUCUACACAUUUUUCGGGGCAUUGGGCGUUGCGGGUUCCAUCUGGAUCUUCAAAUAUGGUUGGCAGGUAAAUGGCGGCCAAUUCAUGCUCACUUGGAUGGUACUUUGGCUUUUUGCGCACUUGAACUUCCUCACCCUGGACGUUUUCACAAUCUGGCUUCCGCCUCCAUAUGUGCCGAUGGCGCUCAUAACUUGGGUCGUGCUGAACGUCACCUCCAUCCUGCUUCCUUUUGAACUGUCGCCUGCGUUCUUCCAAGUGGGGUAUGCGAUACCCGCGCACAGUGUAUUCCAAAUUUUGAUCGAUAUCUGGUCCGGUGGCUGCAAUCCCCAACUCAACUACGCGCUUCCUGUCAUGUUCGCCUACGAGAUUGUCAGCCUGACUCUCAGCUCAAUUGGUGUUUAUAGACGCGCUCAUUAUGCCUCUAUCAAACAGGAAGGAGAUGAGCGGUCAAUGCAGCAGCGUAUAGAAGCGGCAAUUGCAGAGAAACAGGCGCAGCCCGCCAGACCUGAUGCCUUGGAAGGGGAAACGCCUAUCAGUGAGCCGGAAGAGGCAGCCACCUUACAGCGACGCGCUACCGCGACUACUCUGGCGGACCAGGAGGAGCUUGCUGAGAUUAUUCGACGGGAGUUGUCACGUCCUGCUGAGAGGGCAACUACUAGUCGUGACAACACUGGGCCAUCGUUUUAUCUGCCUUUUACUAGUAAGGAGUGA